AUGAACAAGGCUUACAGCAGUAUCGUCGGUCACACCAUCACCCUUUGCUCCGUAGUCCUUCACGUUCCGGUAUACUUUGUACGUGCUUGGGUUGGCGUUGAAAGCGGCGCUGUUCCAGAUCCCAAUGGAGCAGAGCAUUGGGACCCGAGUGAGCUAGAAGUAGCACUGGAAGUAGGAACAGAAGAAGUCGACGAAACACUGGUGCUCGAGUCGGAAGUGGGAUCACAAGAGUGUAGUCGCAAAGGAGCGCAUUUUACAAUGAAAAGAGAGUGGGUGUCUCGAAAGAGACAAUACUUUGCUGAUGAGAUCCUGGUGCAAGAGGUCAGCUACUACGAGGUGCAUAUAUACUGCUCUGAGAGAAACAGAAAGAACAGAGAAGCCAAUAUGAUGGGAUGGAAGACCCCUAGCCGGCUCGCCGGUGGUUCUUUCGUUACUAGCAUGGAACAUGGAGGACUGAAUUGCAGAUUAUAG